GAAGCGAGAGUCCCGCGGUCUGCACGGCUGGGUCCCCUGUCCCGCGCUGCGUGCCCCCAGCAUGUCCCCCAGCAUGCCGGGCCCCCGCCUGCUGGCCGCGCUCUGCUGCGCGCUGCUCUGCGCCCCCGGCCUCUUCGCCGCCUCCGGUGACUUCUGUGACUCCAGCGAGUGCCUGAAUGGUGGGACCUGCUUGUCAGGCCAAGACGACAUCCCCUUCUACUGCCUCUGCCCUGAAGGCUUUACGGGCCUCAUUUGCAAUGAGACCGAGAAAGGUCCCUGUUUCCCAAACCCCUGCCACAAUGAUGCCAGGUGCCAGGAGAUUGAUGAUGACUCACACCGAGGCGAUGUCUUCACACAAUACAUCUGCGAGUGCUCUCCGGGCUACUCGGGCAUCCACUGUGAGACCAUGUGCGCCACGCCGCUGGGCAUGGAGACCAGUGCCAUCGCUGACUGGCAGAUCUCUGCCUCGUCCGUGCACCUGGGCUUCAUGGCUUUGCAGCGCUGGGGCCCGGAGCUGGCCCGCCUGCACCGCACGGGCAUUGUCAAUGCCUGGACAGCCAGCAACUACGAUAAGAACCCCUGGAUCCAGGUGAACCUGAUGCGGAAGAUGCGGGUGACGGGGGUCGUGACGCAGGGCGCCAGCCGCGCAGGCACUGCCGAGUAUGUGAAGACUUUCAAGGUGGCUUACAGCCUCAAUGGGAAACAGUUCCGGUUCAUCCAGACAGAAGGGGACUCAGGAGACAAGAUAUUUACAGGUAAUAAGGACAAUAACGGAGAGAAGACCAACAUGUUUGACUUCCCCCUGGAAGCGCAGUAUGUGAGGCUGGUGCCUGUCACCUGCCACCGGGGCUGCACCCUGCGCUUUGAGCUCCUUGGCUGUGAGCUGAAUGCAGGAUGCGCUGAACCCCUGGGCCUGAAGGACAACACCAUCCUCGACAAGCAGAUCACGGCCUCCAGCAUCUACAAGACCUGGGGCCUGAGUUCGUUCAGCUGGUACCCCUUCUACGCGCGGCUGGACCAGCAGGGCAAAUUCAAUGCCUGGACUGCGGAGAAGAACUCUGCCUCUGAGUGGCUGCAGAUCGACUUGGGCUCCCAGAAACAAGUGAGUGGCAUCAUCACACAGGGGGCCCGUGACUUUGGCCACAUCCAGUAUGUGGCAGCCUACAAGGUGGCCCACAGUGAUGAUGGCAGGAACUGGACUGAGUACAGGGAACAGGGAGCCGCAGACAGUAAGGUCUUCCUAGGCAACUUUGACAAUAAUUCCCACAAGAAGAACAUAUUUGAGACGCCCUUCAUGGCUCGCUUUGUGCGCAUCCUGCCCGUAGCCUGGCACAACCGAAUCACCCUGCGUGUGGAGCUGCUGGGAUGCUCGUAGGCCCAGCUAAAGUGACCGGGACAGCUGCGGGGCACCUGCCCCUUCCCCAGUCCUCCUGACCUUCUGUGGUCCUGCUGCCUCCUCUACCCACCCCCCUCCUGAUUGUAGUGCUGUGGAGGGGCGGGGUCAGCCACCUUUCUCUCCCUUUGUCCUCACACUUCACCUCCCACCUGCCCCCCCUCCCUCCCACCUGCCCCUGAGCUCAGCUAUCAUGCCAUCCCAUUUCUUAGGCACUAUGGGAGUUGAGUAGGUCUGGGAUGGACAGGGAAGAGCGAAGUCAGGGGUGCGGGUUACCUGCACCUCUCCAGAUCCCCGAUUCCGGUCCUCCAUAGCCCGCCUCCCCUACCCCAUGCUCCCAUAGCCUUGAAGGACGGCCCUGAGGCGACACGCUGGAGAUAAGUCUCCUUGCCCUCAACCCUGAGGCAUGACGCUGCCGUUCCUGAUGCCACCACCGAGCUCUCUGACAUUCCCUACUUAUCUCCCUGGAGACCCCUCUUGACCCUUGUGCUGCAGCCCAGAAAGACAGAAGGGGGUGGGGUGGGUCUGUGGAGAGACUGAA